CAGAUGGUGGACCGAACUGUGCUUCAUGCGACUGUCCUGAGUUCACAUUCAAUGCCAUUACCUGUAGCACUGGGGCUGUAGAGAGCUGGUCCAUGUCUCUUCUUCCUGUAUGUAACAAAUCUGCUUACCUGUAUAGUGUACGAAGUUUUCGAACCCGAAGAUGAACUGAAGAAACGAAGGAAGAAUAGCUUGGCGCCGGCAAGUACGAACCCAGAGCCGGAAGUUAAGCCGGUGCAUAAAGUGCGGGGAACGUCUCAUCCCCAUCUCCUCUCCACGUUCACCGGCAUCCUCGAGGUCGUUAUUGCUCGUUGUAGGUUAGCAAAUGUUGUCGACGGCACGCACCUCACUCCCUCGAACUUUGCGUUGCAGAGGCACACUCAGUUCAUCUCUCCAUACUGCCUCUAAGCUUGCUGUGUCACAAUCUCCCCUCUACCAGCGACAAUCACUUCCCAAAACAGCAGUUGCCUUCAAGUCCCCUGUUACCCACUCUCGUAACAUGUCGAGCCAUGCAGAGAGUGCAGUGCGUCCGGAGCCUGAUCAGGUUCUCCAGGACAUUGCAGAUUACGUCCACAACUUCAAGAUUGAUUCUGAGUUGGCAUUCGAGACUGCACGCCUCUGCCUUAUUGAUACCAUUGGAUGUGGUCUGGAAGGCUUGAGAUUCGAAGCUUGUGCACGUUUGCUAGGCCCUGUUGUUGAAGGCACUGUCGUCCCGAACGGCACUCGAGUUCCCGGCACAAAUUACCAGCUUGACCCCAUUCGUGGUGCUUUCAAUAUCGGGACGCAGAUCCGUUGGCUCGAUUUCAAUGAUUGUUUCCUUGCUGCUGAGUGGGGACAUCCAUCGGACAAUCUUGGUGCUAUUCUAGCCGUGGCUGAUCACCUCUCUCGCCAAGGCCAGCCUCUGACUGUCCAUGAUAUCCUGGAAGGCAUGAUUAAGGCGCACGAGAUUCAAGGUGGUCUGGCCUUACUCAAUUCAUUCAACCGUGUGGGAUUAGAUCAUGUCGUUUUGGUCAAGGUCGCAAGCACUGCGGUCGUGUCUAAAUUACUUGGCCUUGAUCGUGCUCAGACCAUUGACGCUAUCUCACAGGCGUGGGUAGAUGGCCAAUCUCUUCGCACUUACCGUCAUGCACCCAAUACUGGGUCCCGCAAGUCCUGGGCUGCUGGUGACGCCUGUUCCCGCGCUGUAAACCUUGCGUACCUCGUGAAGAAGGGCGAAAGAGGCAUGCCUUCGGUGUUGACCGCGAAGACAUGGGGAUUCUAUGAUGUCCUGUUCAAGAGCCGACCAUUCGAGUUCCAGAUGCCGUACUCUUCAUACAUCAUGGAGAACGUGUUGUUCAAGAUUUCUUAUCCUGCAGAAUUCCAUGCACAGACUGCUGUGGAAGCUGCCCACAUUAUCCACGCAAAGCUGAAGGACCUGGGAAAGACCAGUGAUGACAUCAAAUCUAUUCGUAUCAGGACCCAGGAGGCAGCAAUGCGGAUUAUCAACAAGAAGGGACCCCUAGAUAAUUUCGCCGACAGGGAUCACGACAUCAACUAUAUGGUGGCCUUCCCCCUCAUUUUCGGUGAAUUGACUUCCGAAUCGUACACGGACAAAGCCGCAGCCGACCCUCGAAUUGAUGCUCUCCGUGCUAAGAUUACUUGCGUCGAGGAGAAGUCGUACAGCGUCGACUACCAUGAACCUUCUAAGCGCUCUAUCUCCAACGCGCUUCUCGUUGAGUUGAACGAUGGAACAGUGCUUGACGAAGUCGAAGUGCAAUACCCCGUUGGUCAUAAGCGCCGGCGUCAAGAAGGAACACCUUUGUUGCUGGCCAAGUUCAAGAAACAUAUUGCACCUCACUUCGAUGGGGCUCGUCAAAAGAAGAUCUUGGAUACCGUGAACGAUGCUAAGUCUCUGCCCAAGCUUCCUGUCAGUCAGUUCACGGAUCUUUUCGUGAAGGCUUAAGGCUAUGUGGACGAAUAAGGAAUCAUGCAUGUAUCACCACCAACAUUGUACCGUAAAAGGUUCAAAUGACAUGUAGUCAUUCUAUCCAUGGUACCCUAGCAUUGUUGGCAAUGACUCUGGAGACAUCGUCGCUAUGAUUAGGUUCAUCGUCUGGCUUGGUUACGCAAGCUAAAUCUGUCGAGCUCCAUUGUUAGGAAUCAUUCGUAUAUACCCACCGGUCAUCUGUUGUGCUGUGCCUCUGAAGCAUACCA